UUUGCAUAGGGAAGUUCACCUUUCAAAUGAGCAGAUAAUGGUACCUUUAAUAUAAUGGAGUGCGUGAGGACAAGAGCAUAAGUGAAUGGCCCAAGGCUUGGGCCAAAUACAAAUCUAAAACUAUUACUGACAAAGUACUUACCCCAGGGAUCUCAUAAUGCUGGUAGUGAUUGUACUAAGCGUCAUCACUUCCCUCACUGCUUUAAUAAAUGGCUCAGUCAUACUGGUGAUCCUGACCACCAAAAAACUGCAACUCCCUGCCAACUACCUGAUUUGCUCCAUGGCAUCCACAGACUUCCUGGUAGCCAUCUUGGUAAUGCCACUCAGCAUCCUCUACAUUGCCACAGAGAAGUGGUUGCUGGGUGUUGUAGUCUGCGAGGCCUGGCUGAGCAUGGACAUGACCUGCUGCACCUGCUCCAUCCUGCACCUGUGUGCUAUUGCCCUGGACAGACACUGGGCCAUCACCAAUGCCUUAGAGUAUGCCUACAAGAGAACCCCCCGCCACGCGGCCAUCAUGGUUAUUAUUGUAUGGACUAUCGCCAUUCUCAUCUCUGUGCCUCCUCUAUUCUGGAGGUAUAAACUUGAUAAAAAUAGUGUAAUGGGAAAUGAAACUCAGUGUGUUAUAGAGCAUGAUCACAUUGGCUACACAAUAUACUCCACCUUUGGGGCCUUCUAUAUUCCCCUAGUCCUAAUCCUGGUUCUUUACUACCGGAUCUUCAUAGCAGCCAGGACACUUUACCACAGGCAGAGAAGGUCAAGGACCCUCUGCGAGAGAAGAGCCAGAGGAGAGAGCCUCUUGCAUGGCUGCCACUCGGUACAGUCCCACUGCAUGUACGAAUUGCCCACAACUGACCCCAAGCAUCCAACGGAACUCCAAAGGCUCAAAGCUCCUGUCACUGUGUGUCAGAUGGUGCAAAAGAGUUCCUGUGAAAGAACCCAGAUUUGCACCUCCAGAGAGAGAAAGGCUGCCCGGAUACUGGGACUAAUUAUAGGUGCCUUUGUUUUCUGCUGGUUGCCCUUCUUUCUUAGGGAGCUGCUGGUGGGCCUUCGGGUCCUACAGCAGGCCUCACCCCAGGUGUGUGAAUUCCUUACAUGGCUGGGGUACAUUAACUCACUCAUUAACCCUCUCCUCUACACUAGCUUCAACCAGGACUUCAAGCAAGCUUUUAGAAAACUUCUCAGGCCCCACAAAAGGAUGACAUAGUGCUACAUUGGUUAUUUUUGUGUGUGAGAGAGAGAGAGAGAGAGAAAGAGAGAGAGAGAGAAAGAGAGAGAGAGAGAGAGAGAGAGAGAGAGAGAGAGAGAGAGAGAGAGAGAGAGAGAGAGAGAAAGAUAGUUUAUUCAUGUUGUGUGCGUAAUGCAACUGUUUAUAUUUGGAGCAUUCUAUGUUGUUUAGAAAGGUAAAAACUGUGAUAAAAUGACAAAAUUGUAUUACUUUUGAUAAAA